AUGAGCGGAGCCUCCAGCCCCAGCGCCCAGCGGGCUGCCCGGACACGGCCGGGACACGGCCGGGACACGGACACGGCCGGGCUCCACGGCUUAACAGCCUGCAGUCACUGCCUACCCAUCGGGCUUCCGGACAAGCGCCCUGCGGGCCUGCCAGGCCCGGAGCUGGGGAGCCACCACGCCGCCUGGGGCCCCCCACUCGGCUGGGGCACGCUGGCAGGAUGGAUGGAGAUCAGAGGACGGCUGGCCCACCGGGCGUGCCUGCAGGACCCGAGACGCCCGGCCCGGCGCGAGCCAGCGUCCUGCUCCGGCAGCCGGUCCCGCCGUGGGAAGUGGCUGGUGUCCGCCGACUUCCUGAACAUCACGCACGUGGCCUUCGAUGACCGCGGGCUCUACACCUGCGUGGCCGGCCCGCCGGCCCGCGCCUCCUACUCGGUCACCCUGCGCGUGGUUGUCACCACGGGCGACAUGAGCACCUACUACGUGGCCGUGUGCCUGGCCGCCUUCGCCGUCACGCUCGCCCUGAACGUGGCCCGGCUGUGCCUGAUGAGCAGCCACCUGCGCAAGACCGAGAAGGCCAUCAACGAGUUCUUCCGCACCGAGGGCGCCGAGAAGCUGCAGAAGGCCUUCGAGAUCGCCAAGCGCAUCCCCAUCAUCACCUCGGCCAAGACGCUGGAGCUCGCCAAGGUCACGCAGUUCAAGACCAUGGAGUUCGCGCGCUACGUGGAGGAGCUGGCCCGCAGCGUGCCUCUCCCGCCGCUGAUCCUCAGCUGCCGGGCCUUCGUGGGGGAGAUGUUUGAGGCCGUGCGCGUGGACGGCCCCGACCCCCGGGCCGAGCGGGCGAAGGAC